AUGGUGAGACUUCGUAAGCUCAAUCAAUCGGCCAAGUUGCCAUUUAAGACUAAACUCUGCCUCGGUACUCCGUCAAGACACCAGAUGGAGAAUCGGGCUGAAUUUACACCCCCUGCUAGCGAAAACAAGAAGCUGAAGGUGUUACUGGAAACGCUGGGACGUAUUCAGUCGGAGUCUAGGCAGCUACAGUCUGAUGAUGUGAUGCUUUGGGAGAUACAAGGGGAACUAUCGUGGCUAGCCCCGAUUACGAGUCUGCUUGUGUCCGGAUUCAACUUGAGAAAGCAGCAUCUUCUGAAUCGCCAAGGGAAGAAGGCUGUGCAGCCCUUCCUCCGACAACCUGAGAGCGAAGUGAGCCCGGAAGGAUAA